AUGCCUAUUCUCUCCAGAGGCAGUGACCAAGACUAUAGCAACAUUAGCUACAACUCCUGCAAUUCCUUGAGCCACUUCCUUCCCAUCUGCGUGGAAACCCCUUCUGUCAAGGGGGUCCAUUACCAGAGGGCCAGGAGGAUUUACCGCCCUGACCAAGUGUCUGCAGUCGAUGUGAAGACAGAGAUCAUGAUCAACGUUGGGGGCAUCAAGUACCUGCUGCCUUGGAGUACUUUGGACGAGUUUCCCCUGACCAGACUGAGCAAACUGAAGCUCUGCAGCAGCUAUGAAGAAAUCAUCCAGCUGUGUGACGAUUACGACGAGGACACCCACGAGUUCUUCUUUGACAGGAACCCCAACGCUUUCGGGAUGAUUGUCAGCUUCCUAGCAGCAGGGAAGCUGAUGCUCUUGAGAGACAUGUGUGCCUUGUCUUUCCAGGAGGAGCUGAGGUACUGGGGCAUUGAGGAAUCCAACCUGGAGAACUGCUGCUUUCGGAAACUCUUCCAGAAGCUGCAGGAGCUGGCCGAGAUCCGCAAAGAAGAGGAGCUCCGGAGGAGCAAGGAAGCUUCGUGUGUCUUGGAUGAGAAAACCAGAUUUGGGCAGUUCAUGAACAGACUCAGAGAUAUGGUGGAAAAUCCCCAGUCAGGACUGCCAGGCAAAGUCUUUGCUUGUCUCUCCAUCCUCUUUGUGGCCACCACAGCUGUCAGCCUUUGUGUGAGCACAAUGCCAGACUUAAGAGCUGAAGAAGACAGGGGUGAGUGUUCCCAGAAGUGCUAUUACAUCUUCGUCAUCGAGACCAUCUGCGUGGCUUGGUUCUCCCUGGAGUUCUGCCUCCGCUUCAUCCAGGCCAGGAGCAAGUGUCAGUUCUUCAAAGGACCCCUGAACAUCAUCGACUUCUUGGCCAUCUCCCCUUACUACGCCUCCCUCAUCUUCUCCGAGGACGACUCCAGCGAGGAGGAGGACAGGCCGAGCAGCAACACGUACCUGGAGAAGGUGGGCUUGGUGCUACGGGUUUUACGUGCCUUGAGGAUCCUGUACGUCAUGCGCCUGGCCCGCCACUCCCUGGGCCUGCAGACCCUGGGCCUCACCGUGCGCAAGUGCACGCGGGAGUUCGGGCUGCUGCUGCUCUUCCUGUGCGUGGCCGUCACCCUCUUCUCCCCCCUGGUGUACCUGGCUGAGAACGAGUCGGGCAGGGUGCUGGAAUUCACCAGCAUCCCCGCCUCAUACUGGUGGGCCAUCAUCUCCAUGACCACCGUGGGCUACGGGGACAUGGUGCCGCGCAGCGUGCCGGGCCAAAUGGUGGCUCUGAGCAGCAUCCUCAGUGGGAUCCUCAUCAUGUCCUUCCCCGCCACCUCGAUAUUCCACACCUUCUCCCACUCCUACUCCGAGCUGCGCAAGCAGCACGAGCGGCUGCAGUCGCGGCUGAGCCGGGCCAAGAGCGCCAACCGCACCGGGGAAAGCGACACCUUCAAUGAGACAGACAGCCUGAUCCUGGAGGGACAGGCCUCCCCCAUCAAGUACAUCUACACGGGGAACUGA